AUGAACAAUGGACGCAUCACUAGAUCCUAUAUAAACCGCCUUUCCUCUUUCUACAGAAUCUUUCCUCCGGUUAACUUCACUUUCAGAAGAUUACUUUUAGAGAAGAGCAUGAAUCGUCUAUAUAUUAACAUCGUUUUGAUAGGUUUAGGCCUUGUGUCAGUAGUGUUAACGGAAGAAAGGAAACAAAGAAUAAAACGAGGGGGAAAUGGUUAUAGCGGAGGGAAAAAUGGUUUUGAUCAGCAUGGACAAGGCGACUAUGAUAGAGGUGGUGGCCAACCAUUUGGACAAGACAGAGGCGGAUUAAAUACUGGACAAAAUAAUUACGGUCCUAGAGAAGGCGAUGAUAAACCUGGACAAGAAAAAUAUGGAAAUCAAAAUGGAUUUGGUCAAGAAAGUGGAAUUGGAAGUGGAGGCUAUGGUGAGAAAAACGGCUUUGGAGGUGGUGGACAAGGUGCUAAGAAUGGACUAAAUGGAGGACAGAGAAGAGAUAAAUACAAUGGAUUUGGAAAUGAUCAAGGCAUUAAUAACAAUUUUGGCGGAGAUUCUCCUGCUGAUGGCAGUUUGGGAAAUGGAGGUUAUGGUAGCCAAAAAAAUAAAAAUGGAUUCAGAGAUCAGCAAGGUUAUGACGGUCAAAAAGGAGGAUAUACUGGGCAGGAUGGAUUUGGCUCCAAACAAGACAAAAACGAUUUCGGAAGUGGUCCACAAAUCCAAAAUGGUUAUGGUGGUCAAGGAGAUAAGAAUGGCUUUGGAAGUCAACAAGGAGGAAAUGGAUUUGGUAAUCAAGGUAAAAAGAAUGGAUUUGGAGGGAAUGGUCCACAAAACCAAAAUGGUUAUGGUGGUCAAGAAGAUAAGGAUGAUUUUGGGAGUCAACAAGGAGGGAAUGGAUUUGAAGGGGAUGGUUAUGGUGGAAGAGGAAAGCCUGGUGGAUUUAGAGAUCAACUAAAAGGAAAUGGACAAGAUGGACAAAAUGGAUAUGGAUCUGGAUUAGGAAGUAAGGCUGGAUUUGGUAAAGAUUCUCCAAAAAGUAAUGGCUACGGUGGUAGAGGAGAUAAUGGAUUUGGGGGCCAACAAGAUGGAAAUGGUUAUGGUAGACAACCAGAUAAAAACGGAUUUGACCAGCAAAGCGACAGCUACGGCGGACAAAAUGGCUUUGGAUUACAAGGAAAUAAUGAUUUUGGACGAUUCGGAAACGGAAAACAAAAUGGCUAUGGCAAACAAAACGGUUUUGGAAACGGAGAGGAUGGCAGAGAUGGUUCUGGAGAUCAACAAGGAAAACGUGAUGACUAUGGUAAAGGUGGUUCUGGAGAAAGUAAUGGAUUUGGAGAUCAACAAGGAGAUUAUCCUAAAGGAGAUUUUGGUGGACAAGACAAUUAUGGCGAUGGAGGAAAUAGAUUUCCGGAUGGAAGCCAAACAAAAGGACAAAGAGGUGGAUUUGGAGCAGGGACUAAUCAAGAAGAUUAUCCUUCCGGAAGCCUUGAGGAUACAAUUAAAGGCAUUCCAGGACAGGAUUAUCCAACAGAAGUAGUUAUUCCAAAAACAUCAUUUCAAUGUAAGAGUCAACAAUAUCCAGGUAUAUAUGGUGAUGUAGAAGCAAGAUGUCAGGUGUUCCAUAUGUGUCAAGAGGAUGGUAGACAUGAUUCUUUUCUUUGCCCCAUUGGUACAAUAUUUAAUCAAAAAUAUUUCGUAUGCGAUUGGUGGUAUAAUGUAAAAUGUGAAGAUACUCCUAAUUACUACAACUUAAAUGAAGAUUUAUAUCUCACGGAAGGUUUCCAGAAAGGAGGAGUCGGUGCAGGUAGUGAUAUAUAUGGAGGACAAGGUGGUGUAAAUCAACAGAAUGGAGGAAAUUACGGUACAAGUUCUGGUAGAGGCCACGAAGGGGGAGAACAAAGUUAUGAUAAAGGAAUUUCUGGAAAUGGACAAGAAGGGGCGAAUUAUGAUGGACAAGGAAAUAUGAAUGGAUUUGGAAAUGACCAAAAUGGUAAUUUUGGAGAUCAAGGAGGCUUUGGUCAAGAAAAUGGAUAUCAGGGAGAUAAAGGAAGUCAACCAAAAGGAAAAGAUGGCUAUAAUCAACAACGUGGCUUUGGUGGAUCCGAUGAAGCCGGAAGAGCACAAAAUGAUUACGGUGGUCGUGAAAAUGGUGAUACAAAGGAUUUUACAGAUGAUUACGACGGGCAGAGAGGAGGAAAAUCCGAUUUUGGACAACAAAAUGCAGGAAACAACGGUUACGAUAGUCAAAAUAAUUUUGGUGGAAGAAAUAAGCAAGGAGGAGAUAGUUAUAACGGAUUUGGUGACUCACAGAACGGAUCAAAUGGAUAUGGGGGUAAAUCGGGAGAUUAUGCUAAACAAAACGGAAAUGAUGGAAAUCAAAGAGGUAUAGGUUUUCAACAGAAUGGAAAAUCAAAAAGUUAUUAA